AUGUGCAGGGGGCCCUCCAGGGACCACGUGCAGGCCGCCAAGGAUCACGAGUUGGGGGCCAGGGACCACGUGAAUAUGGCCAGGGACCACGUGGGAGCCGCCAGGGACCAUGUGCUGCCCAGGGACCACGUGGAGGCCGCCAGGGACCACGUGGAGGCCGCCAGGGACCACGUGGAGGCCGCCAGGGACCACGUGGAGGCCGCCUGGGACCACGUGGAGGCCGCCAGGGACCACGUGGAGGCCGCCGGGGACCACGUGGAGGCCGCCAGGGAACACGUGGAGGCCGCCAGGGACCACGUGGAGGCCGCCUGGGACCACGUGGAGGCCGCCAGGGACCACGUGGAGGCCGCCAGGGACCACGUGGAGGCCGCCAGGGACCACGUGGAGGCCGCCAGGGACCACGUGGAGGCCGCCAGGGACCACGUGGAGGCCGCCAGGGACCACGUGGAGGCCGCCAGGGACCACAAGGAGGCCGCCAGGGACCACGUGGAGGCCGCCAGGGACCACAAGGAGGCCGCCAGGGACCACGUGGAGGCCGCCAGGGACCAUGUGGUGCCCAGGGACCACGUGGAGGCCGCCAGGGACCACGUGGAGGCCGCCAGGGACCACGUGGAGGCCGCCAGGGACCAUGUGGGAUUACCAGACACUCCCUAG